AUGCCUGAACUACCCAUUGAUUGUUUGAGAGAAAUUAUUGAACUUGUGGAUGAUAGGUACAGCUUAUAUACAUGCCUAUUUGUUAACCGCCUAUGGUGUGAAUUGUCCGCUCGAAUUCUAUGGAGGUAUCAGGCAUACCAUUCCUUAUGGCGUUGCCCCAAAGUUCUCAUUACUCUUGUCUCCUGCCUUCCCAAAGAUUCAAAAGAAUAUUUACUCAAAAAUAAAAUCACCAUCCCCCCUCAAACUCCAUCAUUCAAUUAUGCAUCAUUCUGUAGAGUUCUUUCGGUUGAUAUUAUAGAUGAUAUGAUUCAUCACACCUUUGGCAGACAUCCAAAUAUCUACUCAACAAACAUAAACAAUAAACAUUUAAUAUGGCAAGAAUUAUUUAAGUCGUACAUGAAUAAUAUCCCCUCUUUAAGAGUGUUGAAGAAUCUUAGUCAAGCUUCAAAUGUUAAUUUCAUAAAUUAUCAUGGAGCAAAGGAUUGCUUGAGACACCUUUCUGUGUUGAAAUGUGGUUCUGAAGUUAAUUCCGAAUUCUUUUUACAAAUGUCCAAAUUUUGUAAUAAUAUCCAAUCCAUUAGUUUAAAAUUCGAAUUCGAAAUUUCAAAUGGAUUAAGUGAAUUUAUAUCUUCUCAAAAGAAUCUAAAAUCUAUAUCAAUCAUAAACAAUGUUAAUUGGAGUAAUUGGAAGGUUAUCUUGCCUUCUUUAUCAAAGCAUGCAGACACUUUAACCGAAAUGAAAAUUAAAGGGUAUGGAUUCUACGGUUCCUUAGCAUUCAUUGCUACUUUCACAAAGUUGCACAAGAUUUUCAUAUCAUCCUGUGGCUUUGAUGAUCUUAAAGAUUUACGACAAGUUACUUUCCCACAUUUGAAAAUCUUGAAAAUACCUGGUAUAUAUCCAAAUCUCGAAAAUCUGGGUUAUUUCUUGGAAAUAAAUGGAAAAAAUUUAAUAGAAUUUGAUAUUGGUGCUUUUCAUAUUUUGCCAGAAUUAGAUCUGGCCAAGCUAUGUCCAAAUCUUAAGAUUUACUCAAUGGUUGAUGAUGUAGAUGAUAUGAGAAUAAUCUUUAAGAGUUGUCAACAAUUGGAAAGUAUCACAGUACGAGUGUAUGAAUUGCUCUUAAUAAGUGAAAAGGAGAUUUUGGAAAUUGUUGUUUCAAAUUCUCCUAAAGAAUUUUAUGAGUUAAAAUUGUAUUACGCCGAUGUAAUCGAGUCAAAAUUGACCCCUGAAGAUUUGGAAACUUUCUUUGUAAGUUGGUCGCACCGUAGACCACUAAAACCUCUUUCAUUCAUCAUAUCAUACAAUGAAUUUUACUUAACUAGUUUGGAUGCUAAUGAUGAACAUAUGGAG